UCUCCUCUGAGCAUCUUGGCAGCCCAGACCCGACAGGUGCAGCCGGUGGAGACGGACUGAGAAGUCGUUAGAAGACGCGUUUGGCUUUGACUUAGACGCUCGUGAGCAAAAUGCCAAAUCCACAGCCUUGGAACAACUCGAUCUCAACCUGCCUGGAUAACAAUUUCUUUGUGUCGCGCAGGACUUUCCUGUCGUAAAAAUACCUCCCGAGGACUGCGCGUUUUAUUCGAGCCCACCAUGCCACAGGUCUCUCACUGCAGCCGCACCACAGCAACAUAAUGGCAUGUAGGAGCGGCUGCUGCUGCGGCUCCGGUCCAAUAAACGAGGAUAACGCGAGGUUCCUGCUGCUGGCUUUGUUCAUCAUCAUCUAUCUGCUGUGCGGGGCCGCAGUGUUCUCUGCGCUGGAGCAGCCGAAGGAGCGGGAGGCGAAGGAGCGCUGGGCGCAGAGGUUUGAGCAUUUCAGCCAGAAGUACAACCUGAGUAAGAAGGACCUCAACAACUUCCUCAGGAACUACGAGGAGGCGAACGUGGCCGGGAUCCGGGUGGACACGAUCAGACCUCGAUGGGACUUCACCGGCGCGUUUUACUUCGUGGGAACUGUGGUGUCAACCAUUGGGUUUGGGAUGACCACUCCUGCCACCAUUGGAGGGAAAGUCUUCCUGAUGUUUUACGGCCUGCUGGGCUGCGCGGCCACCAUCCUCUUCUUCAACCUCUUUCUGGAACGUGUCAUCACCGUCAUCGCCGUCGUCCUCAAGUCCUGUCACGAGCGACGCCAUCACAAAGCUGUAUUCCCACCAAAUGGCCGGCGAGUGUCUGAGGGGAACAGAGCAGGCGGAGCGGGGGGGAGUGGAGGAGGGAAAGGAGAGGAUCUGGCCGGCUGGAAGCCUUCGGUCUACUGCGUCAUGCUCAUAUUAGGAGCAGCAGCCAUCUUGGUGUCCUGCUGCGCCUCGCUCAUGUACUCGGCAGCCGAGGGCUGGGGCUACCUGGACUCACUCUACUUCUGCUUUGUGGCCUUCAGUACCAUCGGUUUUGGAGACAUGGUGAGCAGCCAGCGGGUCGUCUACGAGGGCCACGCCACAGCUGCAUAUCGAGUGGGCAACUUCUUCUUCAUCCUGACCGGUGUCUGUUGCAUCUACUCCCUCUUCAAUGUCAUCUCCAUCGUCAUCAAGCAGGUCCUCAACUGGCUGCUGAGGAGGCUGGAGGCCCCCUGCCGCUGCUGUUUCCCCAGGAGGGGUCACCACCCGCACCGGCACCCUCGACGGAACGUGGUGGCCCCGGGCCACCUGCGUGCCCGCAGGGACCCCUCCAUCGAGACAGACGCCAUCAACGAGAGCGAGACUGACACUGGGCGCAGGAUGUCUGGGGAGAUGAUCUCCAUGAGGGACUUCCUGGCAGCAAACAAGGUGAAUCUGGCUAUUAUGCAGAAGCAGCUUUCGGAGAUGGCCAUCGGGCACCCGCGCCAGUCCGGCUCCAGUUCACGUCAGAACGGGUUUUCGGGAGGGGUGGGCGCCCUUGGCAUCAUGAACAAUAGGCUGGCAGAGACGAGCGUGGACAGAUAGGGGGAAACAGCAUGAAUCCUUUUCAAAGGACACAAAAAGCUGAGAAGAUGAGACGAGUAAAGACAAACUGACUCUGAGGACUGGCUUCAUGGAGGAAAAGAAGAUUUAGGUGGUUCACGAGACUGAAUUCAUGACUGCGUAAUUCAUCCUCUCCGAGCUGACCCCCCUGCAGCUGCCAUCUCAGCCCACUUUACCGUCGAGAACAUGGCUACAUGAAUGAUGCAUGAUAGAUUGUUGGAGUCUCACAUCUGGACCAGGCUCAGCGUGCCGGAAUGUUCUUCCCGUGAGGAGUUCAGUUUCCAUGGUGAUAAAAAAGCCUGCCUAGAGCCCUUGUAUCUAAGCCUUAAAACCAUGAUGCACUAUAUGCCACUUCACACCUAACCACAACUUCCACUCAUCUGUAGUACUUUACAAUCCUCACUAUGAUUCUGCCCACAUCCAAACUGUGUCCGACAUAAAAAUAGCUUUAAUAAAAUGGGUGUUUCUCGGUUUCGUGUCUAACAGCAGUUAUUACAUAAAGCGCUGUGUCAGGUAGAAACAAUUCAAAGAUAAAUGGAUGUUUAC